CCCGAAUCGUUGGCCCCAACCGCACGUUGUUUAACUAAAUAUAUAGAAUGGCCAUCGUGAUUGUUUGUCCGUCCUGCCUCCUGCGUAUGCCUGUUCGAUCUGCUCCAAUAUUGACAUUUUAAUUUGCUAACGCUUUCAGUGGGAAAAAUUGGGACGUCAAGGAAGCUAACCACCGAAGACUAGGCCAUAUCUAGUGUCAGCACAACCACGUCUCAGAGCACUGCAGGAGCCUUGCCGACCGAUGGAGUCCUUGGCCAGCUCAGGCGCGCCGCGGCCGCACGUCGUGCUGGUCGCCAGCCCCGGCGCCGGCCACCUCAUCCCGAUGGCCGAGCUGGCGCGGCGGCUUGUCGCGCAACACGACCUCGCUGCCACGCUCGUCACCUUCGCUACGGAUACGCACUCCGCCGUCCUCUCCUCCCUCCGGGCCGCGGACGUCGCUACGGCCGAGCUCCCAGCCGUCGCGCUCGACGACCUCCCCGCCAACGCCAGCAUCGAGACCGUGCUCCUCGAGCAGAUCGGCCGCUCCGUCCCGCGCCUCCGCGCCCUGCUCCGCUACAUCGGCUCCACCGCCCCGCUCGCCGCGCUGGUGCCGGACUUCUUCGGCACCGUGACGCUUCCCCUCGCCGCCGAGCUCGGCGUCCCGGGAUACGUCUUCUACCCCAGCAACCUCACCGUGCUAGCCCUCAUGCGCAGCACCGUGGAGCUACACGACGGCGGCGCCGACGCCGGCGAGUACCGCGACCUCCCGGACCCUCUACAUCUUCCCGGACGCGUGUCGCUGCGCCGCGCGUACCUACCAGACGUGUUUCGCAACAGCAAGGAACUGGUCUACGCGCACAUUAUUGACGAGGGCCGGCGGUACCGCGCCGCCGAUGGCUUCUUGGUGAACACUUUCUACGAGAUCGAGCCCGGCAACGUGGAGGAGCUCAAGCAGGUAGCGGAGCAAGGCACGUUCCCGCCGGCUUACCCGGUGGGGCCGUUCGUCCGGUCAAGCUCCAACGAAGACGGCGCGUCGGCGUGCUUGGACUGGCUGGAUCGCCAGCCGACGGGUUCCGUGGUGUAUGUCUCCUUCGGGAGCGCCGGCACGCUGUCCGUGGAGCAGACGGCUGAGCUCGCCACCGGGCUGGAGCACAGUGGGCACAGGUUCCUGUGGGUCGUCCGCGUGCCAAGCCGGGACGGCGAGCAUUUCGACAUGGGGGAAACCCGUGGCGAUGAGGACGAUCCGUUGGCGUGGCUUCCAAAGGGGUUCUUGGAGAGGACGAGCUGUCGGGGCCUCGCCGUGCCGUCGUGGGCGCCGCAGGUGCGCGUGCUCUCGCACCCGGCGACGGCGGCCUUCGUGUCGCACUGCGGAUGGAACUCGACGCUGGAGAGCGUGGCGGCCGGCGUGCCGAUUGUCGCGUGGCCGUUGUACGCGGAGCAGAAGCUGAACGCCUUGGUCCUGUCGGAGAACGUCGGGGUGGCGCUGCGGCCGUGCGCGCGGGCUGACGGAUCUAUUGCGCCGGAGGAGAUCGCGGCGGCGGUGAGGGAGCUGAUGGAGGGGGAGAAGGGGCGUGCAUUGCGGCGCCGGGUUGUGGACCUGCAGCAGGCGGCGGCGCGGGCCUGGGCGCCUGAGGGGUCGUCGCGGCGGGCGCUGGAGGAAGUCGCCGGCAGGUGGAAGGCGGCGGCGGUGGUCGGCAAGGACAAGUAGUUGUAACAGACAUGCACGCACAGAGCCAAGCCACGUGACGAAAUGGUCUAUGUGAACGUCAUCGUGCUUGUUGGUAUGCCGUAGAAGUUGGUGCGGAAUAAUUGGUUUGUUUGGCGACACGCUCACGUCUGUUCGUAGCUAUCUGCAUUUCCUUCCAGUCCCUGUGUUAUCUCGUACCAUUCCGCUUAUAUAAAAUACAGUGAAAUCUUAGUCUUGACGA